AUAACAGGUACCGUUGAGGAUCACGAAUGGCCUGAUGUAAGUCGAGCGAAAAACUACAUUAACUACAAACCUCGUCCACCCAUUCCCUUCUCCCAAAUAUUCACAGCAGCAGGCGACGAUCUGAUCGCUCUUUUGUACACUCUUCUCGCUUUAAAUCCAGACCAACGAGGGACCUCUACGUCCGCGUUGGCUUCCCCCUACUUCCGAAAUCGGCCUCCUCCCACUCCGGAAUCUCAACUCCCGAAACCGAAGAACUCCAUGGUCGCAGGUUUACUGCAGCAGGAGAGUAGGCAAGCCACAACACCAUUUGAUCCAGCAUCGAUAUUUGAUAAUGCUGAUAUGCAUGAAACGCCAGUGAAAAGAAGUAAACUCAGUUGA